GUGAAGACCUGGUUCCAGAACCAGAGAAUGAAGUCUAAGAGGUGGCAGAAAAGCAGCUGGCCAAAGAACAGCUACAGUGUGGCCCAGGUCUCAGCACACACCUACCCAGGUCUCUACUCGCCCUACCACCAGGGAUGCCUGGUGAACACAUCCGGGAACCUUCCCGGGUGGAACAACCAGACCUGGAACAGCCAGUCCUGGAGUAGCCACACCUGGAACAGUCAGACCUGGUGCCCCCCAGCCUGGAACAGUCACACCUGGAGCAGCCCCUUCCAUAAUUCUGGAGAGGAGUCCUUGCAGGCCGCCAUGCAGUUCCAGCAGAAUUCACUAGCCAGUGACUUGGAAUACCGGCCAAUCUCCGUGGAAUACGUCACAGAAACAAAGGACAAGGACCAAGGAUGA